AUGGAACAAUCCAAAGUUUUGUUGCCAGCUUUCGAACAAUCUUCUUUGUCAGUCUCUAAUGUAUCAACAACAAUGACCCCAACUAUUUCCACAAAUGAUCUACAAACCGAUGAAUCAAAAUCACCAGAAGUUCCAACUGAUAUGUCAAAGUUAUGGGAACAGGAAAAUCGGAAAAAUGGGACUGUGGUAGUUAUCAUUCCAGAGGUGAGUUUUUUUAGGAGAAAAAGAAGGGCUUUCAAUCCGAAUUUUAUCGAUCAAAGCACAUUGUAAAUUUUAUUUUUCAGAGACCAGAGCCAUUUUCUCCACCAUCAGCCGACCGAAUUUUAGCAAAUCCAAACGCCGUCAAAAUUCAGAAUAAAAUCAAAAGUUUUUAUGGAAAGAGACAAUCUGCGAAGCGAUUUGAUUUGGCACAUCUUCUUGAAUAG